AUGCAGGUGGAAUCUGCGCAAUGUAGCUCAGCGUAGGGAUCUCCAACAAGACACAUAACCGGCCUGCAGCGCUCACACACCGGACACUGGAGCCCGGAGAUCACGCUGGAUCUACUGCUGUGGAGGAGCCACCGGGAUAUACAGAACAUCUGUUUGUUUCUGCUUUCACUUGAUGAUCAUCAGUUUGUUUAGAUAUACAUCAGUUUGGCACCGGAUGACAAUACAGCCAAAUUAAGAAUUUCUCAAAGCAUUAUUCUGCUGAAAUAACCACACGCUGUUGUGUUGAUGCUGUCAGGUUGGUUUUCUCUCCUGGCGCAGUCUAACUCAGCUGGAGUCGCAUAGGAUGCACUACAAUCCUAUAGGAAGUGACUCGCAGCUUGACAGGCAACAAUUUCCAAGAAACGAAAAGGACGUAAUCUUGAGGAUCUUUUCGGUUUAAACACGUGAAAACGAUGGAGGAAAGCACUGCCAGCGAGACCAUCCCAGAUCUGAAAGACAUAGAGGUGAAAAUCGGCCGGAAGACCCCCGAGGGUUUACUCAGGUGGAUGCGGGAAGAGGCGUCCGCUCUCCGGGGAGAAGCUAAGCUGGUCACCGCGCACGACACCAGCAUGGAGACAGGGAAGAAGAGUUUGGAUGAAAAGAUCAGGAAAUUGAAGAUGGAGAUGGCUCACCUGCGCUCAGUGGAUGUAAAGAUCUUGCAGCAGCUGCUGGCGGUCCAUGAAGGUAUCGAGGCAGUGAAAUGGCUGCUGGAGGAACGCAGCACGCUGACGAGCCGCUGCAGCAGCCUAACCAGCAGCCAGUACAGCCUGGGCGAGGGCCCCGACACAUCCUGGAGAGGCUCCUGGAGCAGCCUGCAGGACCCCAACGACAAGCUGGACAACAUCUCCAUUGGCAGCUACCUGGACACCCUGGCAGAUGACAUGGACGAGUACUGCCCCUCCAGCUCAGAGUCAGUCAUCUGCUCCACUAUGCCGCUGGUAUCAGAUGCAGCUGCUGGGGGCAGGACAGGGGGAGGCCCCGGGGCCACAGUCACAGCAGCAGGGGUAGGUGUGAGGUCUGGUUUUGGGGCUGGAAAUGGGAUUCGGGCUGGGCCGAAUGAAAAUGGAACCGGGAUCGGAAAUGGGAUGGAGGUGAAAGGUGGACCAGGGACUGAGGUAACCAGUGCUAUGACUGGGACUGUGACUGGGAAACCAGCUGUUCCUGUCAGCUCUUCGCAAGCCACGUCUGAAAGCCCCAAACAAGACGCUCCCGUCUGGACCAAGGCUGCAGAGACGGGUAAAGGAAUCCCAGUUUCUAAGGACAAUACUAUUAAGGCUAAUGGCAUCCUGGAGAAACCAAUCACACAAACAGGCAGCCCAACGCACUCCAACCUCAAUGACAAACUGGGAACCAGCCAGAGCCCCAAAUUCAAACCUUAUAAAAAUGGAAAGAUUGACUUGGAUACUUGCAAAAUAAAUGGCAAAAUGCAUCUGGAGUACGAUGCGCACUGGCGGUGGGUGCAGUCACAAGAAGAUGUAACGUUUUUGUAAGAAGGAUAAUAGCAGAGAGGACUGAAGUCACUAUUGAACACGCCCUCUGUAACAUCAAAGACCAGAUCACUGAAGGAUUGAAGAUGAGUGAACUGCUGUUGAGAAAUGCACAUAGUGAGGCUUUCCUCAUUGAAAGGCACUGGGUUUGAAAGACAAAGAAUUAUUGUCCUGUUGCUCCCUCCUGUGACUGCACUAACUUUCUAUAAAAUAUUGAUGUCAGUAUUAAGGUGGAUACACAUUUCAGGAUUUUGAUCACAUUUAGCCAAACUGGGCUGCCUCACACAAACUUAAGAUCAAUUUUUUAAAAUCCUGUGUCAGUUUUUCUCAGGGUCUUUGCAUUCCCUGAUUUAUUUCCUUUUUUUUCUAAAGCACAGUGAGAUGAUCUGCCAGAGGGCUGAAAUAUAAUUUCAUUCGUUUUAUAUCAACCAAUGUAUAUUAGAAGAUUUGGAAUUCUAAUUUGACAUUUGACCAGAAUUAUUUAACCAUUAGCUACAAUUUCUCUACUUGAUCUAUAAUUACUAUAAUUUGAUUCAUCCUGUGGUGGACCUUUAAAUGUCCAGUGUGUAAAAUUUAGGGGGAUUUAGUGGCAUUGCAGAAAGCAUCCAGCUGAAAUUUCUCUUCAUUAAAAUUCCUUUGCUGUUUAUUUUUCAUACGGUUUGUACCAUGAGCUGAAUUAUCCACAGAGGUCUCUUCCUC